GUGAUGAACGACCGCCGGCACCUGCAGACGUUCAUGUGGCGUUACCUCGUCAUCGACGAAGGACAUCGCAUCAAGAACCUCAACUGUCGUCUCAUCAGGGAGCUGAAGCAGCUGGAGAGUGUCAAUCGGCUCCUGCUCACCGGAACACCGCUGCAGAAUAAUCUAUCGGAGCUCUGGUCACUGCUCAACUUCCUGCUACCCGAGAUCUUUGACGACCUGAACAUCUUUGAAUCUUGGUUCGACUUCUCUUCGCUGUCGGGGUCGGGAGCCAACGAAAAGAUCAUUGCUCAGGAACGUGAGAAGAACGUCUUAGCAAAACUACAUCAGAUCCUGACUCCGUUCCUGCUGCGUAGACUGAAGCAGGACGUUGAGUUGUGCAUCCCACCGAAGAAGGAGCUCCAAGUGUUCGCGCCGCUGACGGCCACGCAGCAGACGUUCUAUGCCGCCACGCUGAAUCACACGAUCACUCAGAUGCUCGACGCGAGAAACGAAACCCAAGAGCCGAGAGAAGAGGUGGAGCUUAACGAGAAAGGAAGACCGGUUCGCAAGUCAGCGAAGAAGGUAAACUAUAAUCUCAUGCUAGAAGGUUUGGAGCGAGGAGGCAGAGCUGAUGAUGAGGACGAGUCUGACGCCCACCUAGAUGAUUGGGUGAUGCGCAUCGCAAAGUGCACUGAGAGUCGCUACAGCAGCGCCUCCUGUGGAGCGGGGAAGCAGCGGCAGGCGGCGGCGACGGCGGAGGUGAAUCUGACGCUUCGCAACGCGAUGAUGCAGCUGCGCAAGAUCUGCAACCACCCGUACCUCAUCGAGUACCCGCUAGAUGUCGCCACCGGCCAGUACCGCAUCGAUGAGGACGUCGUGAGGAGCUGCGGCAAGAUGAUGCUGCUAGACAAGAUGCUGCCGCGGCUGAGAGCUGCUGGCCACAAGGUGCUGAUUUUCUCCCAGAUGACACGCAUGCUGGACAUUCUGCAAGACUACUGCUACCUGCGAAAGCUGUGCUUCUCACGCCUUGACGGAUCCAUGGCCCAUCAGCUGCGGGCCGAGCAGAUACAGCAGUUCCAGGAGGAUAGUGCCGUGAGUGUGUUCCUGCUGAGUACGCGCGCAGGCGGGCUCGGCAUCAACCUUGUCGCUGCCGACACAGUCAUCAUCUAUGACAGUGACUGGAAUCCGCAGUCGGACCUGCAGGCUCAGGACCGCUGUCAUCGCAUCGGUCAGACGAAGCCCGUCGUCAUCUUCCGCUUCGUCACGGCCGACACGAUCGAUGAGAAGAUAGUCGAGCGGGCGGCAGCGAAACGCAAGCUAGAGAAGAUCAUCAUGCAUAAAGGCAAGUUCAAAGGUGCUGGGAACAAGAAUUUUAAAGACAGCAUGGCAGAACUGGACCCAAGAGACUUAUUGGCCAUACUCAAAUCUACUGACCACACAAAGUCUAUAAAGAACGAUAGUUUAGACAUCUCCGAUAACGACUUGGCCUUGCUGCUCGACCGGUCUGACUUACUGAUGUACCAGGAUGCGCGGGUGCAGUCGCUGGAUGCUGCGACGAGUGGAGACACAGUGAAGGCAGACACAAAGACAUCGACACUGUUCAAGGUCAUUGAUGAAGAAGAAGGUCAGACUGAACUCAAGAUGGAAUCUUCUGAAACGUGCUAAUGAUAAGGUCCAACAGCAACUGGGAGAAAUGAAAAAAAAUAUACUAUAAACUGACUUCCCUAUUUAUUCUAAGAAAAAUACACGUGUUUCUGUACCUGAGCAGAGCUAUUAAUCUACCUGGUUAUAUUAUAUAUUAAUGCAAACAACUAUAGAAGUACAAAAUAACUUUUAUAUGGAAAAAAAUCUGCUAAGCAAGUGCUUUCCAAGAAUCAUUGGUAUCAAUGAUUUCG